AUGGAAAUAGACACCGCGGCAUCAGUAUCGCUGAUCAGCGAACAAACGUUCCAGAAGCUGUGGUAUAGGAAGAAUGCCCCUGGUCUACGCAGACCUCUAGUACAGCUUCGCACCUACUCGAGCGAGCAACUCAAAGGAAAUGGCCCUAUUUUGUUUGGACGAAAUUGGAUGACCACGUUACGUCUACGAUGGGACGAGUUGUUUCAUACAGAACAGGCUAAUACGGUACAAUCCAAAGAGAGGCAGGAAGCGUACUUGGAGGGUACGUUGGCAACCAUAGCCUUGAGGCUGGAAGCAACUUCAAAGUUUUAUAAACAUCGCCCAGUCCCUUACGCAUACAAGGCAAAAGUUGAAGCAGAGUUGAAGAGACUACAAGAAGAGGGUACUAUAGAACCGGUAACCUUUUCAGAGUGGGCGGCACCUAUUGUCCCCGUGAUGAAGAAAAAUGGUACAGUGAGGAUUUGCGGUGACUACCGCCUUACUGUGAAACAAGCGGCGCAACGUGACAGCUAUCCUUUACCACGGAUCGACGACAUCUUUGCCAGCCUGGCUGAAGAGCAGACUUUUACUAAACUUGACCUUAGUCAGGCAUAUCAGCAAGUUGCUCUAGAAGAACAAUCGAAGGAUUAUGUCGUGAUCAACACUCAGUUGGGGUUAUUCAAAUAUAACCGGCUUCCGUUUGGCGUUUCCGCUGCACCGUCCAUCUUACAGCGUAUUAUGGAUAGCUUAUUACAAGACAUUUCGGGGACGGUAGUGUACUUGGUCGACAUCCUAAUCACAGGCAGGUCUAGGAGGGAGCACUUGCAGAACUUAGACAAAACCUUAGAGAGGCUUUCCAAGGCAGGGCUUCGGCUAAGAUUAGAAAAGUGUGCUUUCAUGCAGAAGGAAGCGAACUACCUAGGUCAUCGGAUUGACGCCACUGGUCUUUACCCCGACGGUAAAAAGGUGCAAGCCAUCAAGGCAGAGACAGAGCCGAGGAACGUGACGGAGCUUAGAUCAUAUCUGGGUCUCCUCAACUAUUAUGGACGGUUUAUACCGGACUUAGCAACAAAGCUCGAGCCACUGUACAAGUUACUGCGGCAAGGAAUUGGAGUUAACAUUUUCUUGCGACGCAUCCAUAUACGGGGUGGGUGCAGUGUUGUCCCACCGAUUCCAGACGGGUCGGAUCGACCGAUCGCUUUCGCUUCCAGAAGUGUGGCACAAGCGGAAAAGGGGUACGCACAAAUUGACAAGGAGGCGUUGGCAAUUCAUUUUGGAGUUCGGAAGUUUCAUCAAUACUUGUGUGGACGUGAGUUUACGAUCUAUACGAAUCACAAACCGUUGAUCACGUUGUUGGGAGAAGCUAGAGGGGUGCCGCUGACCGUGUUGGACGGCUGCGUGCUGUGGGGAGCACGAUUGGUGAUGCCACCUCAAUCGAGGAAGUGGGUAUUGGAAGAGGCCAGAAGCUACGUUUGGUGGCCCAAGUUAAACCAGACGUUGGAGCAGGUUGCUCAGUCGUGCGACGGGUGUCAGGCUCACAGAAUUGCACCACCAGAAGCAACAUUACAUCCGUGGAUAAACCCAAGGCGCCCAUGGGCUCUACUACAUCUUGAUUUUGCCUGUCCUUUCAUGGAAAAUGGUUUCUCAUCCUCGUAG